AUGCCACCACCCACUUUGACGUUUAUCUACGGGCCAACGAUCCGGACUGGAUGCAAUGAUGCGUCGUUGGUCCGGUCACAUCUAAUGCGGAAACAGCACCAGGAAAAGCGACGUCGAAUCCAAAUUCCCAAGAGCACAAGCAAUAAGAACAAGGAACGCAAUUUGCUAAUUUGCCAGUGUGCCAUCUCCCGCCAACCUCCACCACGCUCUUCCUCUUCUUCUUCCUCUACCCGAACAAUCCAUCCACGACAUGCAAGCAGCGAGCUGGUUUUCGCCGCCUGUCCCAAGCGCCACGGCCUCGAGGCCGACAACGCCCGCAGGCUCAAUCUACACCAAAUUGCCCCUAGCCAAGUUGAUCCUUUCUUCCCAGAUGACCGCAAAACAACGCCCAAUUUUGAUUUCCUGCUGCGCGAGUGCGUGAAUGUCGUCUUUCCCACUGCUCGGCCAGGAGAGUUUGCAAACCGCAGCCUCCAGGCGUACCUUCACCCGGAUCGGAGUCCGAUGGUCAUGCAAUCCAUGUUGUACUCGGCAUUACUCCACCUGCAUGUCCUGCCAAUCCUGCGCGGCAUCCCGAGUUCCGUGGCUGCCGAGCUAGCAGGGUCGUAUACCAUCCAGCGGCUUCGAAUCAAGGGUGCGGUGAUGAAUCAGGUUCGUCAGCGGUUGUUACAAGUGGACAGCACCAAUAUCCAUCAAGACCAGGUCGAAGACGUGGUGAUGAGCGUCCUGUAUCUCGCUUCCAACGAGCAUCUUGAGAGCAUCAGGCGCCCGGAACAAGGCCCCUUUUCGCCCCCGUUCCGGACCCUGCAGUCCAUGGAAUACUAUGGUAGCUGCGAGGUCCACCCUCUUCAUUGGCAAACCGUCCAGCAUAUAAUUGAGCAAAGGGGCGGCAUCCAUACUCUCAAACUAUACGGCCUGGGCUGGCUUGUCUCUGUAUCCGGUGUUAUCUCUGCCAUUAAUAGUGACUGCAAGCCGCCAUUUCCAAUAGUAUACCCCGACGGAAAACCGGUGAUUUACAGGGCGCCCCUCCAGGCCUUUGGUAUUCAACAGCCACCCCGGCACGCCACACUCCGGAGCCAUGGCUUUCAACAACUAGCUCUCCUCCAUCCGCCAGUAAAGGGAACGAUUAUCCGCGUCCUGCUUGACCUAAGCGAGAUGGCCCAAGCCCUCAAUCACCUUGCAGGGGAACGAUGCGGUGACCGACUGCUGACCCUCAUCGGCGAUAUCCGGGUAACAGUCGUCCACCGUCUGUGCAGCCUCCCUAAUGAGCGAGAACACCCGCGCCCAACCCUCAUCUUCCACAAGCGAGAUUGCACCCCGGAGCAGCCGCUGCAAACAGCAACCACGAUCUAUAUCGUCGCGCGCAAAUCCGCCCUCCUCUACACCGUCAACGUGGUCCUCCCGCUCCCGCAAACGUCCCUGCUCCGCCGCAAAAUGACGCUGGGCAUCCAGGAAUACAUGCUCCAGCUCCCGUGCGAUCCGAAAGAGAAAGGAAGAAGAAGAAGCUGCCCUCCGGCGGAGCUCGAGAUUCUACUGUGGUGCUCUGUCGUCGCGGGGAUCUGUGCCGACAGCACAUUGUACCCGGAUACCAGGGCUUGGUUUGUCGCGCAGGCUAGGACCUUCUGCAGGCGACUAGGGAUCAGCUCCUGGGAGGAGGAGCUUUUGGUCCUUUUGCAAUCUUUCUGCUGGCUUGAUUCUGCGUCGGAUGAGGCGGGCAGGGCAUUUUGGUCGGAAAUGGGACCUAGUGCCUGA